CAGGCAACAGCUCGGGAGUGACGUCACACGUACGUGCGUCGCCGGAAGUGGUCUUAACAUUGGCUGGCAGUGCGCAGUUUGCAUAUGGCUGGCAUGUCCGCUGCUUCUUCCGGGUUUACUGACGAGCCGAGCGGUACCAUGAAGGAGGACGACCUGGAGCGGUAAUGAGUUUCCUUGUGGCAGUUUAACCUCUUUUAUUAUUUGAAUGAAUGUUCAUAUAGUCCGAGCAGCCAGGGCGGCGGUUACCGAAUCACAGCCUCCCUCCACCCCUUCCUCCCUCCACCCUGGGCCUAUGCAGCCAUUGGCCUUCCUGCCCCAUAAUGUGAUUUUAACACAUGUAGCCCCUCAUUAAAGAACACCUCGCUAUCCCCCUUAAUACAGGAGUGCUGGACAGCUGCUGGCUGGCUGCCUGAGUGUAGUGGGAGCUCAGGCUGAUUGCAUUCAUUUUGCUACCAUAGGCCUAUGCCUCCUUCAAGUAUUAAUGACCAUUUUAGUGUAUUUUAGAUUUAGGGCAGGGUGAAGUUACAAUGUUUAGUUGGAAUUCUGGCUAGCUUGGUUAUUUUAGGUUUAGUUCUACAUUGAACGCUCUUGUGGCCAGCAAAAUGUUGAUUAAAAACCAUUCUAACCUGAUUUAAGAGAGCUAUAUAGCCGACCCACAAAUUAUGUAUCAAACUAUUUUCAAGGGGUUUGACAAAAAAACGGGGUCUAUAAGGCACCCACUGCAUAGCCCCCUCUUUCCCUGUUGUGGAAAUUUGACUGCCAUUGUCAUAUAUUUUUUUAUUUAUUUUUUGAUGGCAACAUUUCUUUAAUCUCUGUCUGAAUUUUGAAUGGCUUAAAACACCACAUUAAUAAAAAGGACUUUUUGAUUUAAAAUGAGCCGAUAGUGUGUUCUUCCCUGUGAACUUUGCCAGCUUUUGCCAAGAAGAUGGGCAUUUGCAACUGUAUAAGCAGAUACCAUGGACAUUAUGUGCAUAAUUUGGGUGCAUGUAUUUUAUUUAAACUACCACUAAAGGCCCCAAGGCUACCUUAUCUCUCUAAAGUGGUCUGGGUGCAGUUGUCCUGUUGUUUAACCAUUUGAUGUAAAACAUUUCUGUUUUGUAGAAACCGUAAUGUUUAUAUUGAAGAGUUAAAUAUACCUCUAGUGGCUGUCUUCCUGAUAGCCACUAGUAGCGCUGCCAAUUCCAGUACCAUUGCAUCAUUUGGUUGGAGAAGCAUAUGAUUUUGGCAUGCAUGCAUAUCUUGCCAGCAGGCAUGCUGAUACUGGCAGAGCGGGCAGCUAUAGUAAGCAUCUUGGCACUGGAAGCAAGGUAAGUCAUUUUAUUCCUAACUCUACUUUGUACCAGCAAAGGUGGUAUUCAGUUGGCCCAGUUAUAGAAGUAAAUCUAUACUCCUGGGAAAAAAAAGCAAUAAUUUUCAGCACUAUAGGUUCACUUUAAAAUAUGUUUCAUUAAGAUUUUACUGACUCUUAAGUUGUCUCUGUAGGAGCAUUAUAUUUGAACAUUGUUUUUCUUUUGACACAGGGAAGCUGUAGAGGAGCUUCUUAAGGAAGCAAAACGUGGAAAGAUUCGAUCUGAGACUAUGGGAGCAAUGGGAUGGUAUGUAGACAUGUUCUUAUACUUUUGGACAGCAAAACCGUAAUUACAUAUUGACCUCAAUAUCCUUGUGAAACUGAAACAAACAUUGAGUGUUCAGGACAAACACCAUUCUUAAUAAGACAAUAACACUUUUUUUAAUAGGUUAACUAGUGCUUUUAACUUCUUAUAAUUACAAAACUGUAAAAGGGGUACACACUGGAAAUAGGUUAAAGGUACACUCGAGGCACCCAGACCACUUCUGCCCAUUGGAGUGGUCUGGGUGCCAACUCCCACUACUCUUUACCUUGCGGGGUUAACUCCUCCUCUAGUGGCUGUGUGCUAGACAGUCACUAGAGGGCACUUCCUUGUUUAUAGCAUACGAAAAGCGUGUUAUAGCUUCGCUUGACGCCCUCACGCUUGUAAGGACCUCCAGCGUCGCUGAAAUCCCAAUAGGAAAGCAUUGAAAGCAUUUUUCAAUGCCUUCCUAUGAGGAGGUCUAAUGCAUGCGAAUUAGGUCUUCCCCGCCAGCGGCCGCGCAUGCGUAAUAGGUCCGGCGGGGGAGGAGUGUGCGCGGACCCUCAACCAGCGCCGAGGAACAUCGGCGCUGGAUACAGGUAAGUCACUGAAGGGGUUUUAACCCCUUCAGCAACUUGGGGUGGGAGGGAGAGGGGACAUGCAGUGCCAGGAAAACGGUUUGUUUUACUGGCACUGGAGAGUCCCUUUAAGUAUCAUCAUUUUGUGGAAACCUUCAAAUACUAUGUGUAAUGUUAGUGUUUUACAAAACCGUUUUCUCCAGUAAGAUUAACUUAAAGUGAAAACUAGAGACCGUUCAUCAUAGUAAAACUGUGGUACAUCUCUAGUGGUUUUGAGACAUUUAGCCAGUCUCUGCAGGGCCAACAGUGUAAACGCUACAUUUUCUGUGAACUACCUUUAAUGACUUCUUCUUGGACAUCAGCUAGAUGAAUUUUCUGGACGAGGUCCUGCAAUCUGUUGUUUUUUUCCCCCCUCUGCGUGGAAAUGCUGAACGCUAUGUACGCGCACUAGCCUCCCAGUGCUUCCCUAUUGGGAAACAUUGGAUUGGCUGAGGUAAUUAUUGAUGAUCUCUGCCAAGGAGCCGGUACCAGUAGCGUGGAGAUGGGCACAGCAAGGGAUAAGCGGAAAGUCUCUCUUUACGCAUUGGGUUUGGGUUGACUUAAGUAUUUAGUUGAACACUAAAGCGUUAGGAGUACAUGUUUGUAUUCCUAAUGCUGUAGUGUUCCUUUUGAUUAAAAAAAUAUACCUUUAAAAGUUCACUGCAGGUACACUCUUUAGUGGAUCUGCCUGAAGCUGUAUGGAGAUCCCUCAUCAUGAAGACUCCUCAAUCAAGAGCGUGUGUUUUUUUUUUGUUGUUGCUUUUUUUGCUUUUUUUUUUAUCCUAUAAACUCCUGUCCAGCAGAAGCUUAUUGGAUAAGUAGCUUACCCCCCCAAGAGCAGUUCCACUCAUCACUUUGGAUGACUAAAACUGUUCUGUAAAUUGAUGGCAACCAUACCAGAUUGCUUAGUGAACUCUGGUAUGUUCACCAUUCAGCAGAGCUGUGAUUUGUAGCUUACUUGGCCUUCUUUGGAAUGAGCAACAAACAAGCUGAACAAAUUUGAUAUGUCACCACUGCAAUUGUGCAAAGCUGUGAUGGUACUUAGUGAUAUUUCAUUUCUGAAGAGUAUAGACAACAAUAAGGUAAAGGAGAAAUAAUGAGUAAAUCAUAUCAACAAUAAAAAUAUUCUGAGUAGUGGCUCACAAUUCUUCUAGUAAUUAAAACCCAUUGAUGCUCCAGUUUUAUUUUGUACUUUGAAUAACUGUUACAUUUUCCUGGCUCCAAAACACUGAGUCCUGUAGAAAAUACUUAUUGGGUUAUUUACUAAAGUCUGAAUUGUAUGAUAUUAAAAGAGCACACAUGCACUGUUGGCAGCCUAUUGUAUUGAUGCUGACAGCCGUGGUCCCUUUGGUGUAAAUAAAGCUGUGCAUAGACUGAUAGCAACUGCAGUAUCACUGUGAUAAGUCAAACUUCAUCUAGGGUCUUCAAGUACGUGUCCAAUAAAUCCUGUGACCUGAAAUCUUAUGAAAUACUGACAUUGACUGUUUGAAUUUCUCUGAAAUUCCACCACUGUCAAAAGUUAUAUUAAUACACUUUGAUAUUUUGUCCUAGUAUUUUUCCAAUGCUUGACAAAAGGCAGAAGCUUACUGGUGACGGCUGAGUGGGGAAAAAGGCUCGGUUUAUAGACCGUCCUGCAGGAUCUAGUGCAUGGGCAAAAGUACAAUGCUGAUGUCAGCUCCUGGCAGCUGAAUAGGACUGUCAAGAAAAAGUUGACUGCGAGGCACAGGUUUAGGUUAGUAUAACUUAUUUCCUGUACCCCUUGGCUACCUCACUGCCAGCAGAGCAGUCACAGGCCCGGGGGUCUUUGCAAAAUAUGCAAAGACCUUUACAGUGAUAGAGCAGCUUUAAAAUGAGGGAGUUUGGAAACUUCAUUCUCAUCCCAGCAAACAUUUUACAUUUUUAUUAAAAGAAACUUAAAAAGUGAAAGAACCAGACUUUUUUUUUUUUUUUCAUCCAGGAUCUUCCCCAAUCUUUUUCAAGCCCCAAUCUUAAGGGGUUCUAAAGGUUUACUUUCUGAUUUCCUUGUAGGACUGUGCUGUUAGUUCUGCAAAGUAAUACCAGCUAGUACCACCCAAGAUUGGGAUGUAUGUAAACAAAACAAGAGUGGACAAGAUUAGAAGUGGACUGGGCAGUGCCAGUCCAAUGCACAUGCAUAACUGAUCGUAUUUGCCAGUCAGUGCCACCCAGAGCUGCCCAUUCUCAGAAUGCUGAUGAAGUGCUUUUGCAAGAGGAAAUAUUUUGAGUUAGUAUAGCACAUUGUAAGCAUGUCAUUAAACACAUAACUUCUGCACUUUCUGGGGUCCCGUGAGAACCAAAACUGGGUGAGGAAAUAGGGUAAAUAUCAGGACCGACCGCAAAAAGCAGGGUAGUUUGUAGGUUGUGCAAUUUUCUUUUAAAUAUCUUGAAAAUAUUUAGUUUCAGUGAGCUAACUUCCUCAUUUAUGCACAAGUAUGUUGAUUUACAGUAUUUUAAUGCUAGUAUAUAAAUGCUUAGUAAGCUAACUUCCUUUGUUUUUUAUUUCCAUGGAAAGUAAUUUAUUUUUUUUUUUCCUGCUGAUUCCUCCAUUUUUAGUGCUUUCCCCAGAAUUUUUCAAAACUUGCUGAAUCGGUUUAAAGGAAUAUGCCAAAUCACUUUCCCCUUAAGGAAUUAAGUGUGUGAUCCUGCUGUGUAAUAUAGCUGUGUGAAGUAGAUCUUUUAGUGGUUAUGGAUCCAUUCUCCAAAAUACUUUUCAUUGCUUGAUUGGGUAAGUUCUGUAGCCCAUCACUGAGUUUUAGCUGACUUGGCUUCAUUCUGUAUAUUACAGUACCUCCUCAGAGGAUAUACUCUUAAUACAAUAAUAUUUUAUUCAGUGCUAGUCCAUUUGUAAAACGGUCAUAUGCUUGAUGAAGCUUUCUCUAGUGGCGAAUGCUUCGAGCAGUUCUAACUGUUGCACACUUCUGUAAUCAGAAAUAUUCUCUUAACGCAAGAUGCACACAGGAGAGGGUAAGCCACAUUGCCUCUGUUAGCAUAACACUUCUUAUUUAUUUUAUUUAACUAACCUUAAACUAUAGGAUUAGCAGUGGGUGGAAAAGCACACACAUGAAACCAUACUUCUCUAAAACCAUACUUUCUGAAAUAUUUUAUUCCCAAUAUUGGCAUCUUUCGUCCUGGAUCUCCAUGGUUAUUGAAAAGGGCUGGUGGAUAUUGAUGUUUUUUAUCUUAUAUUUUGUUGAAGUAGUUCGUAGUAUAGUGCCAUACCAGGCUACCUAGGGGGACUUGAUGAUAUUCUCCAGUUGACUCUUAGGAAUUGGGUGCUGGGGACCAGAACUUUACUGCACACCCCUCAAUUAGGUUGGUAUUAUGGCAGGAUUUUAUUGAAUACCUGGCUAUGCAGCAUUUGCUUGUUUCCUGCAGGUUUUUUGUUGUUUUUUGGGUUUUUUUUGAGACCCCGGAGUGCAUCAGCAGCAUGUUGUUCAUUGCUUGAGAGUAGGGGAAAUAACAUUGAAAUAUGUCUAAUUCUCUGUCUGUGCAAGAAGGGCCCUGGCACUCCCAUAUUUAAGUAGUCUUAGUGGUGUACUAGCAAAACCAUUAACAGAUUUAUUUAACCAAUCAUUGUUCACAGGCAUAGUCCCAGAAGAUUGGAAAUUAGUGAAUGUUGUGCUCAUUCACAAGAAAGGUAGUAGGGAGGAGUCGGGCAACUGUAGGCCAGUAAGCCUUACUUCAGUACUGGGGAAAGUGAUGGAAACCAUGUUAAAGGAUAGGAUUGUUGAACAUCUAAAAUCACAUGGAUUUCAAAAUCAGAGACAAAAUGGGUUUACUUCAGGGAGCUCAUGCCAAACUAAUUUUAUUCUUGAUUUGGUAACUAACAUAAUAGGUCAGGGUGGUGUAGUAGACAUUGCUUACCUAGACUUUUGACACUGUCACAUAGAAGGCUUAUCAAUAAACUGCAAUAUUUGAGAUUGGAUUCAAAUAUUGUUGAAUGGGUAAGGCAGUGGCUGAGUGACAGGCAAAAGAGGGUUGUAGUCAAUGGAGUAUAUUCAAAGCAUGGUCUUGUCACCAGUGGGGUACCUCAGGGAUCUGUACUUGGACCCAUUCUCUUUAAUAUUUUUAUUAGUGAUAUUGCAGAAGGUCUUAAUGGUAAGGUAUGUCUUUUUGCUGAUGAUACGAAGAUAUGUAACAGGGUUGAUAUUCCAGAAGGGAUAAGCCAAAUGGGGAAUGAUUUAGGUAAACUAGAAAAAUGGUCAGAGUUGUGGCAGCUGACAUUUAAUGUGGAUAAGUGCAAGAUAAUGCAUCUUGGAAGUAAAAACCCAUGGGCAGAGUACAGAAUAUUUGAUAGAGUCCUAACCUCAACAUCUGAGGAAAGGGAUUUAGGGGUGAUUAUUUCUGAUUACUUAAAGGUAGGCAGACAAUGUAAUAGAGCAGCAGGAAAUGCUAGCAGAAUGCUUGGUUGUAUAGGGAGAGGUAUUAGCAGUAGAAAGAGGGAAGUGCUUAUGCCAUUGUUCAGAACACUGGUGAGACCUCACUUGGAGUAUUGUACGCAGUACUGGAGACCGUAUCUCCAGAAGGAUAUUGAUACUUUAGAAAGAGUUCAGAGAAGGGCUACUAAACUGGUUCAUGGAUUGCAGGAUAAAAGUUACAAGGAAAGGUUAAAAGAACUUAACAUGUUUAGCUUGGAGAAAAGACGAGACAGGGGACUAUGAUAGAAACAUUUAAAUACAUAAAGGGAAACCACACAGUAAAGGAGGAGACUAUAUUUAAAAGAAGAAAAGCUACCACAAGAAUAGGACAGUCUUAAAUUAGAAGCGCAAAGGUUUAAAAAUAUCAGGAAGUAUUACUUUACUGAGAGGGUAGUGGAUGCAUGGAAUAUCCUUCUAGCUGAAGCGGUAGAGGUUAACACAGUAAAGGAGUUUGAGCAUGCAUGGGAUAGGCAUAAGGCUAUCCUAACUAUAAGAUAAGGCAAAGGACUAAUGAAAGUAUUUAGAAAAUUGGGCAGACUAGAUGGGCCAAAUAUUUCUCCUCUGCUGUCAUAUUCUAGUCAAACCGUUUUAGUGUGGUUUGACUUCUAAUCUGUGUUCCGCUGGGCAUUUCUUCUUGCUCCAUCUCUCAGGCUAAGCCAAAUGGUUCAAGGCUCUGCUCAUUUUCUGAGAGCAAUCAGUUGAUACACUCUGCCAAAUAGCUGGCGCUGCACUAAUAUUCUUAUCAGGAUAACUAACAGAAGCUCUUGUCUUCUGGCUCCCAUGUAGGCUGCUGUGAAAGCAGGGUGCUGAGCCCAGUGGAACCAAAGUGAGAAGUCAAAUUCUAAAAUGGCUUGAUUUCUUACAAAGGGGGGUAGCUGAGCACUCCUGGCCCCAUAACCACUACAGUGUUCUCUAUUGAUUUUGGUGCUUGGAGUGUUUGUUUAACCCCUUAAGGACACAUGACAUGUGUGACAUGUCAUGAUUCCAUUUUAUUCCAGAAGAUUUGGUCCUUAAGGGGUUAAAGGGAUUCUCCAGUGCCAGGAAAACAUAUGUUUUCCUGGCACUGCAGGACUCUCUAGUGCCCCUCUAUCUCCCACCCCCCAUCUCAAGUUGGUGAAGGGGUUAAAACCCCUUCAGUGUCUUACCGGAGUUCACUCUGAUGUCCCUCGGCGCUGGGUCAGUCUCCGCCUAUGCUCCGGCUGAUGUCGGCGGGGGAGACCUACUCCGCAAGCGCGGCCUUCGGAAGGAGAGACCUAAUGCGCAUGAAUAAUGCUUUCCUAUGGGGUGUUCUAUGAACACGGAAGUCUCCUCCAGUGGCUGUCUAUUAGACAGCCACGAGAGGAGAACUUAACCCUGCACGGUAAAUAUUGCAGUUUAUGAAAACUGCAAUAAUUACACUUGCAGGGUUAAGGGUAGUAGAAGUUGGCACCCAGACCACUCCAAGGGGCAGAAUUGGUCUGGGUGCCUGGAGUAUCCCUUUUAGAUCAGUAGCAUUAGAGUGGGUAGGUGAAGUUAGGGAUGAGUGGGCAGGAGUUUAGAAGUGAAAUAUAAGGAUGCUAAUAACCCAUCCAUUCCCUUCAGUGCGCUGUAGGGAUUUUGGUGCUUGGAGUGUUCAUUUAAGACAGGGAUCAACAAAUUCCAGAUGCCAUGGCGACUUUUGCAAGCGAUGGAGCAGUAAUAUUCCUGCAGUUCCUCUCUGCUCCUGCCUUUUAGUGAUGCUGGAAGCCAGGAUAUGACAUCACUGUGGCUCCAGCAUCACUACAGAGCGCUCAGGAGAUGCAGAGAGGAACUGCAGGAUGAUUAGAGAGCAGCCACACUGGACCACAGAGAAAGGAUCCACUCUACCAAAGGUAGGCAGGCUGCUUUUUUUUUUUUUUUUCUCACCUUUUUUCCCCACCCUGUGUCAGUUUCACUGUGGCUGAUUCCACCUCCAUGGCGUAGAUCAUCAAUCUUCAUGAUCUCCGUUAAGCCAACACUAUAUAUAGUCAGUAACACAAAUGUGUAUUCCUGACCCUUUAGUGUUAAAACCACUAUUUAGGUGGCUUACCUCCCUUGAAAGAUAUACCCGAGUGGGCUUCUCAUACAGCCCCCAAAAUGCUUCAAUUGGCUGGAAGAUUAUUGGUAUGUGUAAGAGGCAAGUUAUCCUUUUUUUGAAGAAGGGGUGUGGAUGUAUUUAUUUUACAACAUUGGAGUAUCACUUUAAAGGGACACCAUAGGCAAAAAAACAACUUCAGCUUAAUAGAGCAGCUUUGGUGUAUAGAUCAUUCCCUUCGGUCUUGCUGCUCAAUAUUAAUUAAUCACUUUGUUUAUGCAGCUCUAGUCACACCUACCUGCAUGUGACUUGCACAGCCCUCUUAAACACUUCAUGUAAAGAGGCAUCUAACGUUUAAACUAGAAUUUUCUUGUCUCCUGCUCUGUUAAUAAUCCGCUACUGCCUGCAAGAGUCUCCUGUGUGUGCUUAAAGUUCAGUUUACAGAGCAGAAUGAAACCAUUUUGUUCAUGCAGGCUGUUCAUGUCACAGCCAGGGUAGGUGUGGCUAGCGAUGCAGAAAUGAAAGUGAUUUAACUCUGAAAUAGCAGAGAAUUGAGCAGUGAGACUGGGCCCAACAGGCAUGAUGGUCAGACGUGUUCCUAAAUAGGUCUGACACAUCUGAGCACAAAUCAAGCCUUUACUGCUUAAAACCGCAUCGGACACAACGCAUCUUGACUUGUGCACUGCCUUGAACUAAUCAGGAACACGAGGAUACUUGUUCUGGACCGGUACUCCUGAAUGGCCAGCAUGUGGUAUCGGGUGAGUUCCAGGUGGCAGAGACUCUGCAUAUGUACAGCAAAGAGAUUCCUAAACCGGUCUUUGAUUAGUGACCAGUACCCAGUGGCAUUACAGCCAUUCUGUUAAUAAUAGCAUGUCAUACCAUAAUCUUUCUAAUUAAACUUACUUUUAGACCUACCCUAUACCAUGCUUUGCAUUCUUACCUAACUAUGUCCUUGCAUCUAGAAUGUCCAGACGUUUAAUUUGCUAGCAAGCAUAUAUUUCCCUCCCUAUCUGGGCAUACUUAGCCUGAUUUACUAUAAUUAAUAAAAAAAAAAAACUGCUAUUGUUUCUUAUGCCACAUGUGUAUUUCUCAUUGCUUGAUAUUACUGUGCCUAUGCAUGUGUUGUAGGUAUCUUUUGUACUUCAUACGCAAAAUAAAUAAAUAAAUGCGCCGAGAGACUGCAGGUGCAUGAUCUAUACACCAAAACAAAUAAGCUAAAAUUGUUUUAAUGCUUGUACUGUCACUAUUAUGUGUGCAUGAUUUCAGGUAUGUUUUUGUGUGGAAGGAAAGUGUGUAUAUAUGUAAGUGUCGUGCAGAUGUGAAUGAAGGAUCCGUGUAAGUGCGUGAAUGCAUGCAUGUGCAAGUGUGGAGUGCAUUUACACUCUCUUCCCAUGUCACAGGUACCAAUCCAGCAUAGAAAAUGACAUCUGAUGGAAUGAUGUCUAUAACAUUUUAUUGCCCACUUUAUCUAAUUGUCACUUUCCCAUUUCCUCGCAUUGUCGCUGUCCCCUUUACUUUCUCUGUCCCAUUCCUGUAUGUCUCCCUGCCAUCUUUUGGUUCUCACGGCCACCUUACAUUUCAUAUUGUCCUUCAUCCUCUCAUUGUCCCGGCUUUGCUCAUUUUAGUAACUUUAGGAACUUUAAAAUGCAGCUUUAUUUAAGGUUUUGUCUUGGAAAUACUUUUCUCUGAUUUAUACACUAGGUGGCAUGCAAGGAAAACUCAAGAAGAAGUCUUGGAGUUUUCUUAUUGUAAUCUGUUUCCAAUUGUAAUUGUUUCCCGGCUCUGUCAACUUUUAUUUCAGGAUGAAAUGUCCACUUGCAAGCACCAAUAAACGAUUUUUAAUCAAUACUAUCAAGAAUGCAUUACCACCAUCAAAGGAUGAAGAUCACAGAAGCAAAAGAGACCAAGAUGAAACAGAGGACGACAGAAAGGAGAAGAGACAUUCAAGAACACACAAAACACAUCCCUAUGAAAGAAGUGGUCAGUCGCAGAGGGAUAAAAGCCACUCUUCUUCUGAGCACAGGAAGAAAAAUGAGCAAAAAGACCAGAGUGACCCAAAUUCAAGAUAGCCUUGGAUACUCUGUGUAAUAGGCACAAACUGUUAAAUGUACUGUUUGGAAUAUGUAGAAUGCUACCAAUACACAAACAUUUUAUCAGUAAUAAGUUGCUAUAUAUUUUAUUUUAUUUUUUUUUCCCAUUGGCUCUGACUGUUGAAUUUCUUUAGUGUUUCUCUUCCAGGGUUACUUGUACCCAUUCUUCUCCAAUGGGUUUCAAAUAUUUGGAAGUGAAAUGUAUACUACCUGUUCCCACACCUUAUUGAACAACAACUUUUGGUUAUAAUUUCUCCUUUGUAGUAUAAUCACAGUUUGAGUCUCAUUUAAAAAUAGUUAUUUCUAAGUUUAAUUGAUGUUAUAUAAUGCGAUUGGAGUGUUGAAAGGUUUUCUUUUCUAUAUGGUUUCUAAUUAUUUGUAAGUAACAACACACAGAGAACAUGCAUUGAUGAUCAGACUUGUGCAAAAAUUACUUUUGAGCGAUGCAUCUGAAGAAAAUACUUUUUAAUCCACACUUGAACGAAUCUAUCCAUCUGGGAUUUACCUGUGCUGUUUUAUGCACUGCAUAAGACUCCACAGGUAAAUCCCAGAUGGAUUGAUUAAUUCAGGUGUGGAUUAAAAAACAUUUUAUUAAGGCUAUUGGUGACUAAUUCUAUGUUGCAACCAGAAGAGCGGCAGUAUGCAUUUAUAAGGAAUACUGUUAUUUAUUAACUCUUUCAGGGUUUAUUGCUCCAGCACUCAAGGUAUUUGUUUUAGCCAGCAUUAGCCAUUUGGGGUUUAAACUGAGAUUGCAAAUCUGCUUUGGUCUCUUCCACUUGUAACACAGGUGUGUGCAGGGUUAACCGUUCAAGAUACAUCCAGUAAGUGGCAGUGUAAACCCCUUCGUUGACAGCUGUUCAAUACUUCAAAAUGGAACCGUCACUUCUAUGGAAAUGAUUUAAUUGAAUAAAACAUUGGAAACAACAUAUAACUAUUGUUAACUAUGUAGUUUCAUUUAUGACCAAAGGCAUGUUUUUAGAGAUCCGUGCAUUUGUGGCAGUCCUCUUUGGUUACUUUGCCAUGUGUUUUUGGAGGUCAGAUUAAACGUUUAUCGUAUACUCCAUAUGUAUACAACACAGCAUUAAGUAUGCAUACAAUAUGAAAUAGUAGUAGGAGGGAGUAGGUGAGUGAAAGGGAAAAAAAUAAUUUUUGCUUGUAAUAAUUUCUACCACCACUUAAAUAAGAAUAAAUCAAAUAGAUUAACCCAUUAGUCCAAAUUGUUAAAAUGCUUUAUGC